UAAGAGAAAUAAAUAUUAUUUAUACUUAAAAAAUACAAAAACUCUACAAUUUACGUGUUAAAACAGUGAAAUUGUAACAAGAACCUGUGUGUUUAUCAGAAACAAUUAAAAUUUUGUACUUUUCUGCGUUCGCAAACACGGAAAUAAAGAUCAACAACUUUGGGAUUCUUGUGUAGAAAUAAAGAAAAAAAUAAUUAACAAAAAUUCGAAAAAUUUACUAUAAUGAGUGAGAGUUGUCUAUAAAAUAAAAAAAAAAUACUGAAAAAAACGAAAAUUGUAAAAAAAAUAAGAAAAUAAACGAAAAUGUCUUCACCUGAAAUCUUCACGAUGCCGGAAACAAGUCAGCCAUCAGUUGUCGUUAAAGAGGGUUGGUUGUACAAACGCGGCGAACAUAUCAAGAAUUGGCGAGCUCGUUACUUUAUCCUCAAAUCCGAUGGGUGUCUCAUCGGUUACAAAACACAGCCAGCUGCGUCGAUGCAAGCAGAGCCGACAAAUAAUUUUACCGUCAAAGAUUGCCAAAUAAUGUCGAUGGAUAGACCAAAACCGUAUACCUUCAUAAUUCGCGGGCUGCAAUGGACCACAGUUAUCGAACGGAUGUUCCAUGUCGAAAGCGAGAAAGAACGUCUCGGAUGGGUCGAGGCAAUUCGCAAUGUCUCGAAUAAACUCACGGAAGCGGAUCAAUCGGGUCUGCAAAAUGCUCAAGGAAUGAAUCACAUGACGGAAGAAGAUAUGAACGACGUCGAAAUGGCAAGUAUUGCGGAAGACGAGUUGCUUACGGAGAAAUUUAGCGUUUUGGGAACGUCAACGGGCAAAAUUAGCGGAAGGAAAAAAGUUACUUUGGAGAAUUUUGAGUUUUUAAAAGUUUUGGGAAAAGGCACGUUUGGCAAGGUUAUUUUGUGUCGCGAGAAAACGACGUCAACGUUGUAUGCGAUCAAGAUUUUGAAGAAAGAUGUCAUUAUUCAGAAGGAUGAAGUCGCACAUACGAUGGCGGAGAAACGGGUUUUGCAACGGAAUAAUCAUCCUUUUUUGAUUUCCAUGAAAUAUGCAUUUCAAACAGCCGAUCGCCUGUGCUUCGUCAUGCAAUACGUCAACGGCGGCGAACUCUUCUUUCACCUAUCGCGCGAUCGCGUCUUUACCGAAGAACGCACCCGCUUCUACGGAGCCGAAAUUAUCUCCGCUUUGGGAUACCUUCACUGCCAAAAUGUCAUUUAUCGCGACUUGAAGCUCGAGAAUUUGCUGCUCGACAAAGACGGGCACAUAAAAAUUGCCGAUUUCGGACUUUGCAAGGAAGACAUCACGUACGGGCGAACAACGAAAACUUUUUGCGGAACUCCCGAAUAUUUAGCGCCCGAAGUUUUGGAAGAUAACGAUUACGGAAGAGCUGUAGAUUGGUGGGGAACGGGCGUCGUUAUGUACGAAAUGUUGUGUGGUCGUCUUCCGUUCUUCAAUCGGGAUCAUGAUGUGCUCUUUACGCUCAUUUUGUUGGAAGAAGUCAAAUUUCCGCGAAGCAUUUCUUUCGAAGCGCGAAGUCUUUUGAGCGGAUUGCUGAUUAAACAACCGGAAAAAAGAUUGGGCGGAGGUCCCGAUGAUUACAAGGAAAUUCAACAACAUCCGUUUUUCGCGAGCAUCAAUUGGAAUGAUUUGGUUCAUCGACGAAUUACGCCGCCUUUUAAGCCGCAAGUUGAGUCGGAAACUGACACGAGAUACUUUGACACGGAAUUUACGGGAGAAUCUGUCGAACUUACGCCGCCCGAUGAGAAAGUUGGACAACAUUUGUCAUCGAUUCAGGAAGAACCUCAUUUCUCUCAAUUCAGUUAUCAAGAUGUCUCAUCAACGUUAGGAACCUCGUCAUAUUUCGGCAGCGCAACAGGAUUGACCUCGCUUCAGUAGUCGUUGUGCAUAAAAUUCUCAAACAAAAUACCAAUAUAUAUCAUAAAACUGAUAACAAGACAUAAACAUUACAUUUAAGUCGUUAGUCGCAUAAUUAUCUAAAACAAAAAAAAAAAACUAAAUUAAUCUUAUAAACUAUUAGAUGUAAGGGCCUUUUAGUGAAAAUCUUCGUGUUUUGUUCCUCAGCAUCUUCUUUUCUCUCACGCACUUCCUAUUAUAAUUACGACAAAACACGACAAAAAAUUAUCCGUAAAGGCCAAAAAACUGCCUGAAGUGUCAGGAUGAGCUGUGAUAUUAGUUUACUACAAAAAAAAAAUUAUAUAAUAAAUAAAUAUAACAUCGAUAGUAAAAAGGAUAAAAAAAAUGUGGGAUAAAAAACUACAUCUUAUAUAUUAUUAUUAUUACAUUAAAACAAUCACUUUGUUAAGAGAGAGAGACAAUUUAGUUCAAUAAGAUUUUUUUUCUGUCUUUGUUAAAAUCUAUUUUUUCCGAUUCGAAUUAAAAUCACUUUCCUUUUUUUCAUGCCUUUAUAAAGAAAGUGAACUAAAAUAAAAAAAAAUAUCAUAAGCGAGGUGCUUGUUGUUAUAUUAUUUAAAAUAUUAUCAUUAUUAUUAUGUUCAGAAAAAUUAUUAAGGGAUAAAAAAGAACAAAAUUUAAAAAAAAUUAUAUUUAGCUGUGUAAUGAUACAAAAACAGGCACAUUAUGUUAUAAAAAAUUUAAAAAAAAAGUCUUAGUUUGUAAAAAAAUAAAAUAAAUUGUAAAGUACUUUGAUACAUUUAAUAUAAAAAUUAUGAAUACAAACAUUGA